AUGGAGUGGCCGAAGUCUUGCCGAAUACCGGCCAGAGAGCACUCGGUAACACCGGUCUACUUUGUUCCAGGUCAACUUAUGACUGUUGCACCAGCAGCAUGGCAGACUAUCUGCCUCGCCUCAAUCCAGGCCCACUUCUUGCUCUCUCAGUCGUCUUUGCAGUCAUCUCAGAAGACUUUAUCUCUACCUGCGUGUACAGCACAGUCGAACCACCUACUUGUACCUUCUUCACUCAUCACGCCUUUUAGCGGCCCACUCGACCAGAAGAAGAUUUGUUCAGGUGAUAGGCAGAAAAGUGACAUCCUGACAUCUCGCGAGUGGAAUGGCGAGGGAAAGUCAACAAGGUUUGAGCAUGGCAGCCCAACCCCGAAUAUAAUCAGAACGUCGUGA